AUGGACAUCUCCCGUCGCACGUUCCUGAAGGCCUCGGUCACCGGCGGCCUCGCGGUCAGCGCUCUCGGUUUCGAUUUGCGUCCGGCGCACGCCGCGGUCCGCCAGCUCAAGAUCGGCAACGCCACGGAGUACCGGACCGUCUGUCCGUACUGCGCUGUCGGCUGCGGGACGAUCGCCUACGUUCACGGCAGCGGUGGUCUCAACACGAAGAACACCGUCAUCCACGUCGAGGGCGAUCCCGACAGCCCGAUCAACGGCGGGACGCUCUGCCCGAAGGGCGCGUCGCAGAUGCAGCUCGCGAUCAGCCCGCGGCUGCGGCACCAGCCGCUGCUGCGCCGGGCGGGUGCGUCGGAGUGGGAAGAGGUCGACUGGGACACGGCGAUGGACUGGUUCGCGCGCAAGUUCAAGGACUCGCGCGAUGCCUCGUUCCGCGAACGGGACGACCAGGGCCGCGUCGUCAACCGCGCCGACGGGAUCGCCUGGGUCGGCAGCGCCACCGUCUCGAACGAGGACGCCUACCUCAUCACGAAGACGAUGCGCGCCAUGGGCCUGGUCUACAUCGACCACCAGGCCCGCAUAUGA